AUGGGGUACCAACGCUUGUACUCGCCUGACUCGUGUGGGCCGGCCAGCGAAUCGCCGACGGAGGAGCCGCUGGAGAUUGAGGGGACGGGGCUAGGACCCAAGCGAUACUCAAGCAACCCGACCUUGAUCACGCCCGAGCGAUACACGCCCAAGACCCGAAUCAGAAUCAUGGCGGACCCCAUUGACAGCGCCCUCGACCUUCUGCGCCGACUGAACCCCAAGGACGUCAAGCGCAAUGUCGACCACAUUAUCCAGCUCAACCCCUCGCUGGAAGAGGACCUGCUCGAGUCCGUCGACAUACCGCUGACGGUCAAGAAAUGCUCCAAGACGAAGCGCGACUUCCUGUGCUGCGACUACAACCGCGACGGCGACAGCUGGAGAAGUCCGUGGAGCAACGAGUUCGAGCCGCCCAUUGAGGAAGGUGUCACGCCUAGCGAUCGUGUCCGUAAGAUGGAGGUCAAGGCGAACGAGGCUUUUGACGUGUACCGGGAGCUGUACUUCGAGGGCGGCAUAUCGAGCGUGUACCUGUGGGACAUGGACGACGGCUUUGCAGGCUGUGUCCUGCUGAAGAAGGCCGUCAACCCCACGCCCAAGAGCUCCGGCAGCUGGGACAGCAUCCAUGUCUUCGACGCCCAAGACCGCGCCCGCACCUCGCACUACAAGCUCACCUCCACCGUCAUCCUCUCCCUCGGCACCGACAGCGAAGCGCUCGGCGGUCUUGACCUCUCCGGUAAUAUGGUGCGCCAAGUGGAAGCCGACAUGGCCGUCGAGGAUGACACCUCGCACGUCGCCAACAUUGGAAAGAUGGUCGAGGAUAUGGAGCUCAAGAUGCGCAAUCUGCUGCAGGAGGUGUACUUUGGAAAGGCAAAGGACGUUGUGGGUGACCUGAGGAGCAUCCCAUUACUCAGCCAGACGAACCGGGACCGGGCAACACAGAGGGAGAUGAUCAACAGCAUGGGUCGGUAG